ACUGCCUUCGUACCGUUCGCAGUUGUUUUUGCGGAGUGGCACUUUAGUUUUGAGUUUGCCUUUGUGACAAGAAGUUGCAAGAGAAAUCCGAGAUAAGAGAGUCCCUCGCUCAGUCAUCGAACAAAUAAAAAGCCAAACUAAUCACACCUCUUUUGGUAUCCGCCGUGCACCGUUGCACCCCGUAACCCAAAAACGCGAUUUUUUCAACCAAGUGUUUCCGUGUCCGAGGAAGUUUUCUUGCGUUACCCUGACAAAGGAAAAGGUCCUUCACUAUUUACAACCUACUACAUACAUAUAUAUUUUUUUUUAUCUAAUAACCGUCAACGAGCUAAUUCGGUGUGUGGCUGCAUCUUCGGGUAUACCGUGUGUGCAUCAUCCCCCGCAAGAAAGUUGCCUUGAGUGCUGUGUCGCGCGCGCGUUUUACAAGAAAAUAAAAGAAAGAAAAAGCCCAAUUUGUUGUUUUUUUUCUUUUCUUUCUCCGGGAAAACGACGUAUAUUGCACACAUUGCCUCACAGAGUUGUGGAAAACCUCCAUAUAUAUAUAGCUCACACAACCCCCAAUUCGGUAAUCAUUGAGCUACCCUCCGUGUGUUUUGCGCUCCGCAGCAGUUGUGUGUUUUUUUGAGACGUGCAUUCUCUCCGUGUGUGCUUAAAAAUAAAGUCCGGGAGUUCCAGGCAGCCCCAGCGUUGCGCGUUUAAAAAGUAAAAUAAAAAAAAUACACAAAAAAAGUUGAGAAAAGUGAAAUUUAUCCACGAAAUCCACGUAAAAAUGAGCAUCGAUGCAUUACUAAAGGCUGCCGAGUACUUGGAUAGACGUGAGAGAGAGCAAGAGCAUGGCUAUGCAUCGAGCCUUCCGAUGCCAGACAAAACCAAUAGAAAUUCCAGCAACAGGAAGGCCAAGUCGAAGAAGUCAUCAGGGAACCGAACGACGCACAACGAGUUGGAGAAGAACAGGAGGGCGCAUCUAAGAAAUUGUUUGGAGAGAUUAAAAGACAUAGUACCUUUGGGGGCGGACGCCUCACGACACACAACACUAGGUCUUCUCACUAAAGCGAAGCGAUUUAUUAAGAAUCUGGAGGAUAAGGAUAGACGGCAAAAUUUUCAUCGGGAUCAAUUAAGUAGAGAACAGAGAUUUCUAAGGCGACGCCUUGAACAAUUAACAUAUAAUGCGGCGCUGUGUAAAAGAAGAUCCGUUUCGGAAUGUUCAACCUCAACCAUUUCUAGUACAAAUUCAACAACAUCAACGGGAUCACCAUCAUCUAUAAGUGAAUCUGAUGAAGUGGACGUGAUCGGAUACACAAGCAAUCAAUCGGAUACGGAUGAUCAUUCAUCGGUCCAAUCGCUUCAAUCCGGUUCAACGGAUAGUGGUGUCGUGAUGUCUGCUUCACGACUCACCCUCUCCGAAAUGGAUAUUAUCUAGAUGUAGACAUAAAGAGAAACAAAAAAAAAACAUUUAAGAAACAAACGGUGCAGGCUCGUGACACGUCGAAGUAACCAGAAAAUGUCUGAUGAUUGAAAAUUGGGGAAAUUGAGAGCAAAACCUUGGAUCCAAGAACGUUAAAGAACCCCUUAUCCAGUACCCCCCUUAGAAAUUCAGUUAUUAUUCACAAAAGAAAAUCUGCAAAACAUACACCGAAUAUUAUGAGAAAGAUUGCGAGAAAAAUAUCCUUUUUUCCCGCAAUCAGCCUUAACUUUUCUUCACUCAACCAUCAACAAUGCAGCGUUUGUCCACACAAUGACCACACAUAAAGAAAAACCUUUUGAAAAAAUUCACCGAGAUGAUUUUCUUUAAAAAAAAUCUAAUUAAGUGUCUCUAAUUUGUCUACAUUUUUUUUUAUUAAUUCAUAAGGCAAAAAUUUGCUAAUUUCUUUUAAUUUGUUGAAGAUAAAAAAGAACGCAAAACUCUUGAUUUAAGAAAUCAAAUCCUAAAUUGUAAGUAGAUUGUAAUAAAAGCGCAUAAAUGUGAAGAAGUGCCGUGAGGCGCGUUGAAAAAAUUUAAAUUAUUUAACAAACAACAAAAAAAAUCUCCAGACAAAGAAAAUCUACUUAAAAAAAAUGUGAAAGAAAAAUUUUUUUAAGAGAUUUAAAUGCAAAAUUAUGUGCAAGAUGAGAAAACAUGGUUUCUAAAUUGAUUCUAAACAAACAAAAUAAAGGGCUUUAUAUUCUUUUUCAUGAAGCAUGAAAAAUUAUGGCAAAGAGAAGAAAAAUUCUAGUGAAAACCACCUGAUUAAUUCUCUAUUUUUUUCUUUUAAUUUAAUUAGCAACAUAAAAACAUCACCAUCCCCAUUUGGGUUUUAAAAUUAAGAGACGUUCCUAAUGUUUAUUUUUUUGUGUAAUUUACGACAAACUCUUUUCCUUCUCAAAAUUUUCAGUUAAAUUAUUAAAGGAUUUAGAGAGAAAAAAAAACAAAGAAGAAGAAAAAGUUGCUUAAGAAGAAAAGAAACAACAUAUCGACCACCGAUCGUUAAAUAUAUAUGAACGCCUCUAGUCAUGAUUUAUUAAAAAAAAAAGAAAAAACAACAAAUUGAAUAGAGAUGAAUCGUUGCACACAAUCCCUAUCAAUUUAUGCUUUUUUUGUAAUAUUUUUGUGUGAAUUUUUUUUAUUCCUGGCAAAUUGGUAAUAACCCCCAAUUUCAGCUACAAAAAAAUCCCAAAUUCUUGUCAAUUUCGUGAAGAAAUUGAAAAUUAAAAACCCAGUCAUGAGUCAAAACUUCUUGGAAGUUUCUAAGCUUGUCUCAUUCGUAGGAAAGUUGUUAAAGGACAGUGUCUGACAGGGCGCGUAGAGAUCUGAACCUACACUUUGGGUUUAAGAACAACAACAAAGCCUUAACCUCGAAAAUCCUGAGAAAAACCUCCUUCUGCGAGGCUAAAUCCCCCAAAUGUGUAUGAGUGUGUCAGAUUAAAAAAAAACAAAUGAGAGUCAAAUACUGAGCAGAGCACCGUAUUUUUUUUUGUAAAAAAAAACUAAUAAAUUAUUUGUAAUAUGUAAAUUGUAAAUAGCUAUUCAUGAAUGAAGCAGACUAAAAGAAAAAAAGGAGGAAAGUGAAAAAGGAAGACGAUGGGAAAACCACAAAUUAAUAUUAGAAAUAUCGUCACUUUUGUAGAGAAAAGUGAUGAAGUAUAAGUUUAGAAAAAAAGGGCAUACAGAGGAUUAAAAAAUCACACAAUCAGACAAUUUAUUUACAUAAAAGCAGAAAAAAUAAUUAAUUAAAAUUUAUCUCACCAUUUUGUGCAGUAUAAAUGUUUCAAAAUCUACAAGAAAAAUUUUUAUUUCAUUCACUGAAUGAGUUUUAAAUGGGCAAACAAAUGGGAAAUUCUAUAAGCUAAACCAGUAAAAAUAGUAAAGAGAAAAUAACCUUAGUAAUAAUAACUAAAACUGAAAACGAAAUAAAUAAAUUAUUGCUGCAAAAGGUUUGAGAAUUUUUUUUUAAUUUCUCCCUCAAAAAUAUUCUUCUACCAUUGCGCUUUGAGGAAGUUAGUAAAGAAUUUUACAGACAAUUGACUCACACAACAGUCAGAUGGCGCCCUUGGUGCAAAAGUAAAAUCUCACCUGAACAUAACCUUAAAGAAAAAUUCCUGUCGCUUUUAAAUAUCAAAACAAAAAAAAUGUAAUAAACCAGAAUAUCUUCAGUGUGUAAUAAUAUAGUAGUAAUAAAAUUGUCAUUUUUAAAAUAAAUAUAUCAAUAAAAUAUCUACAAUUUUACAAAUACAAGAAAUACUAGCAAAACUACAUAAAAAUCAGUAAAACAUAAUUCAGUAAAAACAUACAAAACAAUAGCCAGAUUUAUGUACAACAGCUGAGAAUUACUUUUGCUACCUAUUUGUAAAAUUAGCGCCAUCUGGGGGGAAAUGGGUGGGUGUAAAUUAGGCAAAAAUAUCUAGAUUUUUAUUUCUUGAAUCUUCAUAGGCAAUUUUAUGCAUUCAAAAAAUGAAAAUAUCUUAUUUUUGACUCCAGAAUUUCCAUCAACAUUUCAAAGAAAAAAAAAUAUUUUAAACCAAAUAAAAAAAAAAUAUGAAUUUAGGCAAUUUUUUCGCGCAGUGCAUAAUCACGGAAAUUUAAUGAAAAUACUUUUCAUCAAAAUGUCCCCAAGAGAAAGUUUUAUCCACUCGGGAGGGCUCCGUGCCACGCCAUUCGAAAAGCUUUUGCAAGAAGGAGAAAAUGAUAAUGAAUACUGAUUUAUGUUUAGAUUUUUUUUUCCGGAAGGGAGUUCCUGAUGGCAAUUUUUUUCUUCGGCACAGCCUUUUCUCUGUCCAACUUUUCCUAUAAAUCUUCCGCCUUUGGGUACACAUCAGGGUUCUCUUUUUUUUUCUUUUAAUCCGCCAUGGGGAAUUUUAUUCUCUCUCUCAAAAAAAACUUUUGCCUUUUAUUUAUUUUUUUGAAAGCCUUUUCGAUUUUUUUUCUUCCUAUUUUUCUGUCUAACAGAAACAUAUAUAUAUAUCUGUCUAACAGAAAUAUAUACAGAAUAGAGUUCAAGUGAGUUUUCUUCUUCUAAAAAUUCUCUCAUCUUUUGCAGCAGAACAAACAAAAUUUAACCAUUAAAAUUAAUUUAUAUAAAAAGAAAACAAAUUCAGUGUCUAUAGCCGAAAUGUAGCAGAAAAAAACAAAUAAAAUUGGUGUUUAAAAAAGGUUAUUAAGAAAAAUGAUAGGAACAACGGAAAGGUGUUUAAGUGGGGAAAUAAUGGAAACACGGUGAGAUGCUAUGUAAAUUUUCUUUCAAAAAAUAACGGUUGAAAAAAUGGUUUCAGUCACACACGCGCGCGAUAUAAAAAAAGGCAAAAAGAAUGAAGUUAGAAACUACAAAAAAUACGCGACUACGUGCAUUUUAUCAGGUAAUCCAUCCAAUGAAUUUGAUUUCUUGUUGUAAUAAAAGAAAAAGAAAAUUCAGUGAAGGGGUAAAAGAUUUAACCCCCCGCGGAAGGUCCUUAGAGGGGGUCAUUGUGUAAAUAUUAUAUUUUAAAAUAUAUUAUAUGAAAAUAAAGGGAUCUGUAGGGGAAGCUUUUUGAAAAGUUCUUUACGAAAGAGAGGAGAAUCUUGUUGAUAGUAUUGAAUUUUGGUGAAUGAAGGUGUGACGAAUUUUUAAGUUUCUCUAAAGGGGUGACUAAAACUGACGGAGUAGUUUUGGCUUUUAAAUUGUAGGUCUUUUUGACAUUGACCUGUUUGACAAUCUGUCAAAUCGAUUCUUGUCAAACAUCUUAACGUCAAAGAAUUUCUGUCAAACCUUAAUCUGUCCUCUGACUUUAACAAUUGACAAUUGAUUGACAUUGAAUUUAUUGACAACCUGUCAUAAAGUUCGUUGUCAAUCAUUUUAAAUUUUAAAAAAAUCAGUUGACUGAAAGGUGUUUAACAAUUGACCACUGUUUGACAUCUACGUCAAAUAGCUUCUGUCAAAACUUUCUAACGCCUACAAUAGCCAUCACUACACCCCCAAUUUUAGCUCCUACUCUAAUUUUAUUCACAAUCUCUCUCUCUUUCUUAAGAAAUUUAUGAGAGAUUUUUGAAAGAAUCUCCCGUGUCUUUCUUUCGCUGUUUUAAUUAAACUUCACGACAAGUUCAGUAUUUAAUUCGGCUGUAAGUUGAAAGGAGAACUGUGAAAUUUUUAUCUCACUGAUAAUUUAUACUUUUCAUUCCGUAAUUUUAUAUCUUUUAAUUUUCACCUUUCUACCCCUUCUGUGGUUUAAGAAUUUUGCGUCGUUCUUUUUUUGGCACUUAAAUGGAUUAUCUGAUAUGAUUUUACCGCCGGACAAUGCAUAAAGAAAAUUCACUAAAAGAAGAAGAUGAAGAAGAGGAAACUUGUGUGAGGACCAUGCGAGGUUAAAGGUCAAAUUUUUGGGUUUAUUUUGCAGGAUAAAAAUUGAAAGAAAUUCAAUAAUCUACACGAAAACAUUAAAUCAUCAUGCCCUUUAAAACCAACAAAAAACAUUUGUUUUUAAGAAAAAUCACAAUCUUUUCCUUUUAAUUAUAAUUUUAAAUCAUCAGAUAUGUUGAAGAAGAAGAAGAAGAAAAAUCAGCAUCAUUAAAAAUUACCCCCGAACUAUAUAUUUAUGUAGGUGAAAACCCUAUGAAAAAAAAUGAGAUAAAUAAACUAAAAAUAAAAUGGAAACAAUAAACGAAGCAAUGUUUUACAUUGCCACUAAAUGUUGUUGACGGAAUGAGGAAAAAACAUGAGAUAAAAAAAAUUAAAAAUAUAAUAAUAAAUAUAUCGUGAAUGGAUGAAAAAAUGAAGAGUAAGAAAAAGUAAAAAAAAAUCUAGAAAAUAAAUUUUAAAUAUAGAAAAUGCAUUAAAAAACACGACAUACAACACAGAAAAAAAACACAAAAAAAAUUUAAGCAUCAGUGGAAAAAAAUUAAUAAAAAUAAUCUAUCAGAAAUAUUCAUUAAUUAUUAUUAUAUUUUCCGUUUUAUCAAAACAAAGAAAUAGCAAAAAAGAAAAGAAGAAAACACCAGACACUUGCAUUACAGUAGAAAAAAAAAGUAUAAAAUGAAUUAAAAAAAUGAAAAACAAAAUAAAUAAAAGUAAAAAAAAGAUAUAUUUGUUAUUAAUUAUUAAUUGUGUAAAAUUAUCCAAGAAUUAAUCAAACUCUAACAGUAAAAUAGAGGUGAAAAAAUUUGUCCGUAAUCACACAGUGAGGUAAUGAUGAGAAAAAUAAAUAAAUAAAAAAAGCUGAAGACAAGAAAUGAAGAAAAGUCGCGUCGAUGAUUUAAAAAAAAAAGAAAAAUUAAUACAUUUUAAGGGAAAAAUGAAGAAACACAAGAUGUGAACCGAGAAGAAGAAACUUUACUAUUAAUUGUAAUAAUUAUUAUUAAAAAAAGGACAAAAUAAAUAAAAAAAAUACUAUAUACAUAUAUAAUAAAAAUAAUAAUUAUUAUUAAUAAUGAAAGAUGAUAAAAAAACAUGAAUAAGCGUGUAGAAAGUUUGUGUAACAUUUGAAUAGUACAAAAAAUACACUCAUCCCAUAAUUUUCAAUGGUGUGUGUUUUAAAUAAUGAAAAAAAAUAUGAGAAAUAAAAAUUUCUAUUGUACUGAGAAAAAAAAUUAAUUCCUUCUCAGUGUGUAGAUUUAAAUGAGAGAGAAAAAAAAGGAGAAAAUAGAGAGGAGAUAGAAGAAGGAAAACAAUAAAAAAGGAUAAUAAAGAGCACGAGCAUGAGAGAUUGCGCGGAUGAAAAUGGAAGCAACUUUUGGGAACAGAGUUUUUCAUCACCAAUUUAAUCGUUAAAGAAAUAUGGCGAAAAAACCAUCAAUUUUGGGGUGGUGUGUGUGAGUUUCUUUAAUUGUAAACUCCCUCUGUGGGGGAGUUUUUCUUUUCACAAAAUAGAAACUCCCAAUGUGCGUAAAAAUCCACGAGAAAGUAACUUUAAAAGAAAAAAAAAACAAAGAUAAUCAAAAAAAAACAUGAAAAUUUUUAUCUUGUGGAAUGAGAAUGGAAGAAAAUUAAAUUAAAAAGAAAUAACACAAAUUAAAAUAAAUUUAAAAAAAAAAACUCUAAAAAAUUUGAACAUCAAGUUUGCGAAAGCAGAAAAAGAGAAAUAAAAUGUAAAUAAAAAAAAACCUUUAAGAAACUUUGUUGGAAAUGAUCACCAUUUUCACUUUGAAAAAAAAAUAAGAGAAAGUAUAAAGAAAAUUUUGUGGACCCGGCAGAAAACUUUAAUGGAAAAAACUGUUAAAAAAAACAAUCAUGCGCCUUGAUUUUCUCCAAGUGUUUUUGAAGAAAAAAAAAUGACCGAAAUUGAAGAAAAAAAAUCACAAUGAAGACUUUAUUAAGAAAACAAAUCUCUCUCUUGAAAGUUCACAAGUUUUAUGAUGAAAAAAAGUUCCUUGCUCUUAUCAAAUUUUCUAAUUAAUUUUCUUUAAUUCUCACACAUUUUCUUUUUUUUUUUUCAAAAAAUAAUGCUUGAAAAUAUUUUGUUAAAGUUUAUUGCAGAAAAUGAGCUAAAAACAAUUCAAUAAAUCCAUCCCAUCAGCUGUCCCCAAGCUUUAUGAAAAACAAACGAGGGUGCUUAAAGCUCCCAUUGCCUCCCCCCUCAGAAAGCUCUCCAUAUUGACGUCAAAAUAGUGUUGAUUACUCUAUUCAUUAUUAUGCAAAAUAUAAUUCAAAUCCACGAAAGAAACUACAGAAAAAAAGCAAAAAAAAACUAAUAAACCGAGUCAAUAAAAUAGAAUGAAAAAAAAUUACAAAAAAUAUGAAAUAUUUAAUGUAAAAUUGCAAUUGAAAAACAAAAUGCAAUACAGUUGUAGAAAAAAAAUUUUAAAAAAAAUUAUUAAAAAUAAUUUGCAGCAAAAACUACAAAAAAAAUUGCAGAAUAUAAAAUAAUCCGUAAUUAAAACAAAUACUAGUUUAACUCAAAAGAAAAUCCUUUUAAAUAUUUUUCAGCUGUAAAACAAUAAUGAAAAAAACAAAGUUAUUUUAACUAACAAGAAAACUAAACAAAAAAAUCACCGCAAAGAGCAAGAGGAUGCAAAAGAAAAACCAAGAAAAUGAGAGAUGAUGUGUAUGAAAAAUACAUCAACUGGUUGAAGCAAAAAAAAAAGUGAAAAAGAAUAUGAGAAAAUGAAAUCAUUGUAAUUAAAUUCAUGAAAAGAAGUGAGACGGAAUCACAGAGUGACAUAGAGAGGUCCUCUGGAAAGGGAGUUGAAAGAAUAAUAAAGAAAUAACGAAAGGAAAAUAAGAAAAUUAUGAAAAAAAAUUCGUUGCCAGAGACUAUAUGUUCUUAUUAAGCUUCUUCACAAAACAAAGCAAAUAUAAAUGUAUAAUUAAAUGGAAAA